UGAGAGAGGGAUAAAAGGGUCUAAAGCAGGUGUGGUUUUAUGGCGUGUGACUCAUGUUAUAUUAAACUAGAGAUUUAAACCCCAGUGGCUGAGUGGAAAAUCACCUUGUGAACACACACAUACACACAUGCACAUACAUGCACACACACACUCACAAUUAAUCCAGCUAUUGAUUGACUCAUACCUCCAGCCCUUCCUAAUGGUGGUAGGAAUCUGGACAGCAUAGGUCAGGUGUCCUGUAAGCGAUCAGUAUUUCUCAUUACGAACCAAUCGUCUUCUUGCACCAUAAGGGAACACCCUGCCAUCCAUGGAGCUCUCCGUCUCUGGGGGGAGGUAACUCAAUCCCCCAAGGCCCACCUACCCCUCGUUUCCCUGGGGAGACUCCCCUGCCAAGCCCCCCUACCCCCCUGAAUCAAACACCACAUAUAGCUACAGAUAACCCAGCCCUGUGGUUGCUGGCAGAGAGGGCUACUGGAUAUAGAAACAUCAACAGAUUUCAAAAGGAUGAGGGCAAAGGAAACUGAGAGCCACCCUCUCCUUGCUUACCCUCUUUGCACAUGCAUGCACACAUCAGCAAGCACGUGCAAACACAAAUACAUACAAACACUCCUAGGGCGCUGGAAUGUAUUUGUUGUUGAGACAAUCCCAGAAAAACACACUCUCCUGCCUUUUCUUCCUCCCCCUCUUUCUCUUUCUUCUCCUCCCUCCCUCUCUUCCUGCCCCCCUCUCACCUCUCCUCACUUUCCUCUCUCUCUUUCCCUCCCUCCCAGAUUGUAUAAAUAUCCCUGAGCUGUUGAGAGGGACUCAGAGACCUGAGGACCCUGACCUGAGAAACAAACAGACCAGAACAGAGAGGAGAGAGAGAGAGGCAGACAGCAAGACAACAGACAGAAUAAUACGAGAAUAAGAACAAGAAUCAGCAGUAACACAUUAGGGAAAUAAAGUAAGAUAAAUAACAAUAAGAAAUAAGGAGACAGAGAACAUUUGGGCCAGAACUAAGUGAAGUGAUAAAGGGGCAAUCACCACAGCAAGACAGAGAAAGAAGAGCUGAAACACAGAGUGAAAUAGGAGAGACAUUGAUGAGACAAAGAGAGUGAGAGAGACCAGAAGAACCGUGUCUAGUCUACAUCUGUGUGUAGCCCACUUGUGUGGUUGUGUUUGUAUCCACCAUGUGGCUGCUGCUUAGUGUUUGUGUGUUCUGUCUGCUGCAAUAUGGUGAGGGGCAGGACCGGGCCACUCUCUGGAGAGGGAACGACCGUAGCGGGCACUGCCAGUACACCUUCACCGUGCCCAGCCCCAGCGAGACCAGCUGUCCCCCUACAGCCUCCGGAGGACCAGAGAUGGAGGGGCUCAAGACUAGACUAAGCCUGCUGGAGGUAUUGGUGGCCAGGCUGACUGGAGGGGAGACAAGGGGUCCUGGGCUUGGGGCUGGGUCCCAGGCUGGUCUGCAGGAGGCUCUGACCCAGGCCAUGGGAGAGAGGAGCCUGUUGCAGGGAGAGAAGGAGCAUCUGGAGAGAGAUGUGGAGGGGCUGCAGAGGAGGGUGGAGGAGAUGAGGAGAGAGACGGAGAGCCUGAAGAGCAGACCCUGCUACCCGCAAGCCCCUCUGGUGCCUCCCAGCGUCCCACCGCAGGACAGUGGUCUGCGACUUGCCGGAGAUGCUGGUGUUCUCUCUCACCUGGUAUCCAGUGCUGGAAGACAAGGGGACACUGGCAGUUUGAGAGACCCAGCAUGGCGGUAUGAUGGCAAUGCAGGGUUCCAGGAGUUGAAGGCUGAGGUGACUGAGGUUCCUGCUCCUAGUACUGAGGACAGCACAGGCUGUGGGGAGUUGAUAUCAAUAGGAGAGCCAGUGUCCCAUCGUAAGGCUGAUAGUAUAGCUGGUAAAUAUGGGGUGUGGAUGCAGGAUCCGGAGGCUGUGGCGCCCUACGGAGGGAAGAUGGUGUGGCGCAUCGAUACAGUGGGGUCAGAGGUCAGACAGCUGUUUGGUUACGAGGACAUGGACCAGCUCUCUAAAGGCUACCCCUCAAAGGUGUUGCUGUUGCCGGAGCCAGUGGAGAGUACAGGAGCGACUCUGUACCGCGGCUCUCUGUACUACCAGCGCCGCCGCAGCCGCACCCUGCUGAGGUACGACCUGGCAUCUGAGAGCAUCGCCGCCCGCCGAGACCUGCCCCACGCCGGCUUCCACGGCCAGUUCCCCUACUCCUGGGGCGGCUACACCGAUGUGGAUCUUGGGGUGGACGAGCAGGGCCUGUGGGCCGUCUACAGCACCAACAAGGCUAAAGGAGCCAUCGUGGUGUCCCAGCUGAACCCACACAACCUGGCGGUGAAGAGGAGCUGGGAGACCAGCAUCAGGAAGAACAGUGUGGCUAACGCUUUCGUCAUCUGUGGCCGUCUCUACACGGUUGCCAGCUACACUGCUCCUAACACCACCAUCAACUUUAUGUUCGACACAGCUACUGGCCAGGGGAAGCAGGUGGCGCUACCCUUCAGGAAUAAGUACCGCUACAACAGCAUGGUGGAUUAUAACCCUGCCCAAAGGAAGCUACACGCCUGGGACAACUUCCACAUUGUCUCCUACGACGUCAGGCUGGGUCACCAGUAGAGGAA